AUGUCUUCAGAUCAAUAUUACACAGAAAAGGAUACCUUUUUCGUUGAUUCUAGUGAAAGUAUAAAAAUUGAAGUCAUACAUUAUCCUCCCGCCAAUAUAAGAUCGAAUCAUCCACCAAUUUUAUUCAUUCAUGGAUUAGGUUCUGCGGCUUGGGUUUGGGAUAAUUUUUGUCGUUGGUUCUCGAAUAAAGGACAUGAUUGUUACGCUAUGAGUUUUCGAGGACAUGGACAAAGUACAAAGACUCCAAAGAAAGGUAAAUGGUGGUCAAUAAAUGACAUUACAAAUGAUGUAUCAGCCGUGACCGAUGCAAUAAUUGCUAGAACUGACGAUAAACCUGUUCUCGUUGGACAUUCACAUGGGGGAGGAAUUACGUCUUCAAAUACACGUAAAAUACUUUCAAAUACGCCAAUUCUUGUUAUCCUUAAAGCGUUAUUUACAUUAAACUUGUAUGCAUUAGUUGGAACUCCCGAAUUAAUGAAAAGGUUUUCCUUUUCUAAAGCAUUUCCUGAUUCUAUGGCUAAGGAUAUUCAUCCAAAACUCUAUAAGGAUAGAUUUGUCACUGUUUUGAUUGAACUUCUCAAACCUUUUGUUGACCCUUCGAAAAUUAAAUGUCCUAUGAUUGUGAUUGGUGCCGAAGAAGAUAAAAUUUUUGAUUUAAAAAUUAUAAAAGAAACUGCCGAUGCUUAUGGUGUUGGAUUUGAUAUCAUUGGAGGUGCGGCUCACAGAAUUAUGUUGGACCUUACAUGGGAGGAUGCUGCUAGUGUAAUUUUCAAUAGAAUUCAAGAAAAAGUUGUAAACAAGGAAUAA